GUACACUCCAAUUCCAAAAUGGAGUAAGUUCAAGUUUAGGUUAUUACACGUCAGUUUACUGGUUUUUCAACGUUUUAUCUGUAUGUCAGAUUUUACACAGUUCCUUUUGGUUUUAAUUAAUCAUAAUGACUUAAUUGGGCUUUAAAUUAGUAAAUUAAAAUGUACAUUUAUUGAAAUGAGCGUAGUAUCAGUAUGAAUAGUCGGCUAAGCUUGAUUUAUCAAUUAUUAUUGCUAACUUCCAUCAUUUCCAGUGGUAUACUAUUCAUAAUAGUUGCCGCAGAGCAUGGCAUCAAUAUUGGCCAAUCUCAUAAAGCAACAAAAGAAGUUCAGGAGGAAGAAUCGAAAAAAUUGGAUGUGGAAAAGGCAGUUUAUGAAAAACCGGUGGACUUUGACACAACUCAAUUUGAAAGACUCAAAGACGAGGAAAGACAGCUAGACCAAGAGAUUCGUUCCAGUUUUGAUGAGGCGCCUUCGGAAGAAAUAAAUUCUCUAAAAGAACAACCUCUGCAGGCCGAAUCUGGAUCAGUGUUUCAGAACCAUGCAAGCGUCACAGAUGAAUUCACGGAGAGUGGCGGCGCUGGUCAAGCAGUUGUGCUGACCCUUGUGGACUCGGCCAGUAAGGAGCUGGAGCAGCAGGCCACUAGGCUACUGGCGGCCAGUGCGGAGGCGGCCAAUGUGACGUCAUCGGUCACCGUGCCACUGCCCAGCGAGAGUGACGAGCCGCCAGUACAGGCCGCCAAUCAGAGCGCACCUGACGAUCUGUAUGUGGUGCGCGCUGAACCUAAACAGGUGGAUGCAACUAGUCAACCAACGCCAGCAGCCUCGUCAACAUCAGAACAACCGCCAUUGGAGGGAGUAGCUGCCAGUGAAAAGACACAGGACACUGUGACUGAAGAUGGCGGAGUCCCUACUAGUGAGAGUCAGCAGGGCGCGGCGAACAAUGAGACUGGGGCAGAUUUAGGGGCUGGGGCAGGGGCAGAUUCAGGUGCAGGUACAGGGGCCGAGGGCAGUAGUCAUGAGGAGAUACCGUCCUUCAGUGAAUGGGCGCAGAAACAGCUGGCUGAAGCCGAAAAGAAAAAAUCGGAAAACAAGACGACGCGCGGUGGUGGCGCGGGAAGCGGCGGUGUAGCUGGAGGCGGUAGCGGAGGCGGAGGGGCGGUAAAGCGGUUGCGGCCUCUCAAAAAGAACUACGCGUCUCCUGAGUGCGGAGCCAAGGUUGUGGCGACCAAUCCGGAGGCGAGCAGCGUGUGGGCGGUGCUAUCGUCGUCACGUGACGAGUAUCUGCUCAACUCCUGCUCCAAUAAGAUUUGGUUUGUCGUCGAGCUGUGCGAGGCCAUUCAGCCAGAAAAGAUAGAGCUGGCCAACUUCGAGCUGUUCUCGUCGAUUCUGCGCGAGUUCUCAGUGUCGGUGAGCCUGCGUCACCCGUCGCGCGACUGGUCGCAGGCGGGCGCGUUCGAGGCGCGCGAGGUGCGCACCAUACAGAGCUUUGCGCUUGCGCCCCAGCCGCAGGCCACCUUCGUCAAGUACAUCCGGGUCGAGUUCCACUCGCACUACGGCAGUGAGCACUACUGCCCUGUCUCCCUCUUCAGGGUCUAUGGCACCAGUGAGUUCGAGGUGCUAGACACAGUGGACGAAGCCCACGGCGGUCCGGCGCCGGCGGCCGCCGAGGAGCUGGACGAGGAGGAGGAUGAUGAGGAGGACUUGGCGGGUGGCGCCGGUGGGGUCGGGGCGGGUGGCGGCCGCGAGGGGGGCAUCGACAAGCCCCGCAACCUGUUCAGUAGCGCGCGUGACGCCGUACUGAGCAUAGUCAAGCGCGCCGCUCAGGUUUUGGUGGUGAAGGGUGAGGGGGAAAAGGGUGUCGUGGUUGGGGAUGGCAAGGAGGGGAAGGUGGCGGUGGUGGUGGAAGGUGACAGCGCCGGAGGGGAACAGUGUGUGACGCCCGCCUACAUUAUUGUCUGCGAUAAUUGCAGUGAUGCACUCUACAAUAGUGUACACCAUGACCUAAGCUGCCACUGGCCCAGACUGGAACAUGUUGUCGGAGCCAAAGGUGCCCCAACAUGGGGCGCACAGGCCGUGGCUCGCAGCCAGGUGUGCAAGGCUCGGGGCCUGGACCUGGUAGGUGGGCAAGCAGGGGGCGCGCCCUUCCCCAUGCCAGCGCGCACCUCUGCUGCGCAGGCCCCCACCACCAGUCACUACAUGCAGGUCAUGCUGCCCGAUCACACACUUAUUGCGCUCUGCAAUGUGCUCGCUGUCAACAGAAAACAGGUUGUCCUAAACAUCACGUAUGACCUUGUCAAAGAAGCAGAGGAGACCCGGUUGGGAGGGGAUCCAGGGGGGAUGCCAGGGGCGGUUGACUCGAGUGGAGCGGCGACAACCGCCCCAACGAGCAGCCCCGCUUCGGCCGCCACCUGCACCCCCAACUCGACAGGAGUCACGCAGGAUCAGCAAGGAUCGAAGGAUGCGCAGAUCAAGCCGACCCGGACGCUGGCGGGUGGAGGGGACGACUCACUGUCGCAGUCGGAUGCGGCCGAUGUCGGCAGUGCGACCGGCGACGGUGUGGUCGUCAAUGCGACCGGCGUCGCGGACACGCUGGUCGUCGCUACCGCUGCCGUCAAGACUGUCUCUGAAGAUCAAGGGGUGGCAGCGAGCGGCGACAGUGGGGGCGGCAAUGCCGGCUCAGCCGAGGAGAGCAUGCUCGAGUAUGGAGAGGUUGGAGGCGGCAGUCUAGGAGAGGUCGGGGGCGGCACCCUGGACUCGCUCUUCUCCGAACUGGAUGAGGUGGAUGAUGCCGCCCCCGCGCCCGCACCCGUCCCCACCCCGACCGCCCCCAAGCAGCAGACACAGCAGCGCGAGUCUGUCUUCCUCAGGCUGGCAAAACGUAUCAAGGCGCUGGAGCGUAACAUGUCGCUGAGCGGGCAGUACCUGGAGGAGAUGUCACGGCGCUACAAGCGGCAGGUGGAGGAGAUGCAGCGGCAGCUGGUGCAGGUGACAGAGCAGCUGAGGAGUGGGGGCGAGCGGGCCGAGCGCAGUCAACAGCUGAUCGAUCAGCUGACUGGGCAGGUGGCCAAGGUCACUGCCGCGCUUGAGACGCUCGUCGACGAACGCAACACAUGGGCUAUCAAGCACGGAGCUGUGAUAGUAGUCGAGGUGGUUGUGUUUGCCGUGAUCCUGCUGGUGUGUCGAUGGCUGCCGGAGGCGGCGGAGGGGCGGAGCAGGGGGCUGGUGUGGCGGGGCAGUGGGGGCGGCAGAAGCGGAGGCGGACUUGCGAGGCGGAGCUCGGUGGACGGCAGUUGUCCGCGGCCGUAUCCGCCCAAUCCACGCCUUAGAAAGCGACGUCCCAGCGAGGAGGCGCUGAGGAUAUCUGGCUCAACACAUCAGGACCUGCUAAUUCCAGAUGGUAGUCGCAAAAAUUCGCGCGCCGAAAACCGACGCAGACGACGGAAGAAGAAAGACCAGCAACAGACAACGUUCCAUGUGAACAACAUGGACACCGCUAGUUCAACGAACAGCCGACAGGUGGCGCCAGUAGCUAGUAGUUCGACGAACGGACGACAGGCGGCGACAGUGCCGCUACCCCCUCCACUGCCUCCCCCUCCUCAACCGCCGCCGCCCGUUAUGUUGGCGAGGCUGUUGGAUCGGACUGACGGGGUGCGUUGCUAUGUGGUGCCAGUCGCGACUGCAGUGCCUCCUCCCCCCUCCUACCCACCAAUGCCGACCGCGCAGUCGGUGCGCAAAAAGCGGAAAGAGUCAUUGCGUGCUCAGUCAUCGUCCGACCUUUCUGAAGACAGCAGCGCUCCUAGCGCCAGCAGUCCUAAGCAGCCGUCGGUGCUUGUCAAAAAGGCAGGGCCACUCAAGAAAAUUAUGAGGAAGCUGUUUUGAGUAACUAAUUUUACUUCUACAAAUGUACAUAAGUUUAAAUGUUGAAACCUUGAAGAAUGUGUUUUGAGGCAAUUUUACAGCAUUCCUUGGAAGAAACAUUUUUGAGGUUAUCAAUUUUACAACAUUUCUUGGACGAAACUGCUUUGAGGUUAUGUGACGUCAAUUUGACAACAUCACUUAAUAAAAUUCCAUGGAAGAAACAGCUUUGAGAUUAUGUAACAUCAAUUCUACAUCAUUACUUGGGAGAUACUUUGAAAGAAUAUGUUUUGAGGUUAUCUGACAUCGAUUUUACAACAUCAGUUACAAAAUUCCAUGGAUGAAGCAGCUUUGAGGUUAUGUGAUGUCAAUUUUACUACAUUCCUUGAAAGAAACUGUUUUGAGGUUAUGUAAUGUCAAUUUUACAACAUCACUUGGAUGAAACAGCUUUGAGGCUGUGUGACGUCAAUUUUGCAACUUUACUUGGAAAAUACCUUGGAAGAAACCAACCGUUUUGAGGUUAUGUGACAGCAAUUCUACAACAUUACUUGGGAGAAUAUGUUUUGAGGUCAAGUGCCAUCAAUUUUGCAACAUUACUAAGAAGAAAAUGAAAUUUAUUCUCUUUUACAUAACAAAAAUCUUUUUGUGACCUCAGAAAGUUUUGAGGUUAUGUGAAGCAAUUCUACAACAUCAUUUGGAAGAAACUGUUUUGAGGUUAUGUCAGGGUUGGUAGCGACACACAUCCUAGUAUGUUAGCUUGCUGCUAAAUACAAACUCGUGUCGCUUCUAAUGUAAUUUGGUGAUUUGAUUGUAAUGAAUCAAAAUUAUUAAAUGCUAUACAGCUUAACAAGAAUCUUACUAUAAGUUGAAUAAUAUAGUCUAUCAUUUGGAUUGUGUUCUGAGGUGAGAAUUAUUUUCAAAUUUCAGCAUUUUUCUGAUGGGAUUUAUUUUAAAAUUUCAGCAUUAGUUGAACGGGAUUUUUGGUCUUAUUCAAGGGAUGCUUGCAUUGUAAGGGAUGCUUGCAUCCGUCAAGGGUAUAAUUUUUUUUUCACUAUUUUUAAAUUUUACUUCACUCAUUUCUACUAAAUUCAUUUUUGUUUAGGAUUUGUGAUAGAGAAACUAUUGUUGAAACUCAGCUUGAUUAAAGUUUAAGCUGCAUUUGUUUGUUUGACUAGAUUCACAUUUCUCAUUAAUAUCUUAUCAACAUACAUUUCAAUGUAAUGUAUGUAAUAUUCAAAAGUAAAAGUGUAACAUAAUCCAAGAUGAAACUCUUUUUCUCCAUACUAUGAAGUUGGAAAUGGGAUGAAUCUCACCAUAAAUAUUAUCACAAUAAUUAUCAUAAUUUAUCACCUUUAUUGUCUUAUAAUAAAGGAUAGCUCAGGCUACUGCCAAGCUAUUUGGGGACUACUUUACCAAUUUCUGAUGUGUUACAAAUUGUAAGAAAGCUGUUUUUUGUCUGUUCAAGAAAAGGUUGGUCAUAUUAUCUCAGAUUUAUAGGUAACUACAAAGAAAGUCGUUGAUUAGUAUGAGAAGCCUGAUCAUAAAUGCUACUUAGAAAGUGAUAUAGUUUGUGGUAAUGUUUAUAGCGCAGCACAUUCGUAGAAAAUAAGGUUUACUUAAGAAACAUGUGUUGUGAACAACUGGAGACAAUUUUAUGAUUUGUUUCUCAAUAAGCGAGAAAUUGAAUUUUUGCAAAAUCGAAAUUAUUUGUUUCUUAUAAAGCCAAAAAUAGAGAGAUAUUUUUGGUGAGAAACUUGCUACUCCGUGGUACAGACGUUUGACAGGAGAACACAUUUUAGAGAAAAUUGAACCUAUGAAAACAUAAUAAUUGAUAGGAAAGGGUAAAAUAUAAAUUAAUGAUGAAGAGUUAAUGAUUUGAAUGAGACCAGUUGUGACGAAACAUAAAAAUGUUUUUAUACUGUAUAAUAGAAUAAAUUGGAACUGGUUUAGGUGUGUUUGAUUAAAUCCUUGUGCACACCACUGCGAUGACAUGCGUGUAACGGGAGCGAGAGAAGUUUCAACUCAAUUAAUUCAUGAAUUUGGGUUUUUCAAUUUUUAAUCAAGAAAUUCA